CGUUUCGAGACCCCUGUUGUGGCGCCUUCAGGGGUUCAUUUUCAGGGUUGACCCCGACUGCCCCUCCAUGACUUCAAUUUAUUUUUGUGAUCGAGACUUGGACUUUUAUAUAUAUAAAUUUUAAAACGUCUCGACCAUUUUCCACCAUUGACAUCUGCGAGACGGAAGACAAUUAUACUUUGCACGCAACUUGAGAAGAAACUCUCGACCAACCUGAGUCUGGGACUCAGGACAACUUCAGAAUCUCGCAAUCGAAAGCUUCAGGCGCCAACUUUUCAAUCUGCCCCAGAAUGUUGCCCAAAGUCCUCCUUGUCUGUCUGCUGGAUCUGAUUGCUGUGAAAUCAGCACUGGGAUGGAAUCAUGUGUCUAGAGCCAAGUUCGAAUAUAUUGUCAACGAGAAACCUUUGGCCUUAGUAGCUUUCGUCGCGCCUUGGACGGAACCUAGCAAGGCACUCGAAGCAGAAUGGCUCGCAGCUACAUCGCAAACGAAGACAGCCCUGCUAAGUGUCGACUGCAAAACUGAAGCAGAUCUUUGUCAAGAACAAGGCGUGAUCUCAUACCCCGCCAUCCGGGUAUUCGAUGGAAGCGAGAAGGUGAGAAGGUACAAAGGCCCUCGAAAGGCUUCAGCCAUUGUAUCUUUCCUAAACCGCGCAGUUCUUCGCGCAGUUCUUCCCGUAGUCUCUACCCUUGACCAAAAAAACAUCACCGAGUUCAAAUCUGGGGACGAAGCAGUUAUAAUUGCAUACAUCCCAGAAGAAGAGAAGGCAUUGAAAGCAGCGUUCAUGGAGCUAGCGUCCCGAAACCACGAUAAAUUUACCUUCGGUAUUGCCUCGGACAAGACCCUGGCUAAAGCCGCAAAUAUACAGAUUCCCAGUGUUGUGGUACACAGACCGAAGGAAGGAGAGCAGGAAGUGCUACCCGGCCCAUCAGGUAUUGAUGUGCUGGAAAGUUUCCUGGAGACGGCGACGGCGCCUUCAAUUGGAGAGUUCACUCGCAGGAAUGAGCUGAAAUACAUGAAAGCCGGAAAGUCCCUCGUCUACUACUUCGCCCCCACAUCCCAAGACCGCGAAACCUACCGCGAAUCUCUGAAACCUCUAGCCAAGAAAUUCAAAGAGUAUCUAAAUUUUGUGACAGUCGAUGCUGUAGAAUACGGACACAUGCUCCCCGCUCUCGGAAUCCAGGAUACCGGGUCUCCAGCACUAGCAGUUUUUAACCCGAUGUAUGGGCAGGCGUUUCCUUAUGACCAGAAGAAGAUUACGCCUGAGACGGUAGAGAGUUUUGUGAUGGACAUCGUGCAAGGGAAGGUGCAGCCGUUAGGAGCUGGAGGGGAGGAACUCAAACACACUGAGCUAUAGUAAUCCAUCCGAUUGUGAAAUUGAAUUCUCAAAGUUUGGGUUUUGACAGAAGUCCCUUUCUAGGAGGUGCAGCAGAAUACAACACAACACCGUUCUUGGUGAACGUCCUUGCUACCUCCUGACCGCCAUCCUCGCUGGUCAGCCAAUCUACGAACUCGUGUGCAAGUUCCUUGUUAUCGGAUUUCGAAGAGACUAAUGCGUGAGCUGGGUUCAGCAAUGGGUCAUCUUCAUCGUCUUCACCGAGUUUCUAUUCGAUUGUGAUUGUCAGCGCUCAGCCCCAUACAGAAAGCAUCGGGAGUUCAUACAAAGACCAUCAACUUCUCCCUAAUCCAAGGCUCCACAGACCACCAAGUC